CAAGAGGGGUUUCCCUAGCCCCCUGGGCAACAUGGAGCGGCUAUUUUCCUGCCAGGGCAGCAAACUGCUCCAAAUCAGUUUGUGGAAGGAUGGACUCCCCCAGGGGACUUCUUCAGGACUCAGGAAACUACUAUGGUCAAGAGUCAGCCAAAGGCCUUUGACCAGGAUCUCUCCAGUGCUCCCUUGGGCCCAUGCUGGUUGCCGGGCUGGCUCUGCCACCUGGUUUUCCAAGAGGCACCUCCAAUGGUCAGACAUCCCACGCCGCUGGACCUCAAGUGCCACAUUCAAUGUGCCUCCUAGCUCUGAGUUUGUAGCCCGGUCAGUGGGGGUCUGCACCAUGAUGAGGCUGCCCUUAAAGAGCUCCCCUGAAGGGCUCGAUGCAGCAUUUGUGGGAGUUCCUCUAGAUAUUGGCACCUCCAACCGACCUGGGACAAGGUUUGGACCUCGUCGCAUCCGGGAGGAAUCCGUGCUGCUGAGGACGGUGAACCCAAGCACAGGCGCUCUCCCUUUCCAGUCCCUCUUGGUGGCUGACAUCGGCGACGUGGAUGUCAACCUCUACAACCUUCAGGACAGCUGCCGGUUAAUUCGAGAAGCCUAUCGGAAAAUCGCGGCGGCAAACUGUAUUCCUCUUACUCUGGGAGGAGAGCAUACCAUCACCUACCCUAUUCUGCAGGCGUUGGCAGAAAAGCACGGUCCUGUGGGGCUGUUACAUGUCGAUGCCCACACGGACACAGCCGACAAAGCCCUGGGAGAGAAGAUCUACCAUGGGACCCCCUUUCGCCGCUGUGUAGAAGAAGGCCUCCUGGACUGUAAGCGAGUGGCGCAGAUAGGCAUCCGGGGCUCUUCCAUGACCCUGAACCCCUACAAAUACAAUCGAGACCAGGGCUUCCGUGUCGUCCUAGCUGAAGAUUGCUGGCUGAAGUCCCUGGUUCCACUGAUGGGGGAAUUGAGGCAGCAGAUGGGAGACAAACCCAUUUAUAUCAGCUUUGAUAUCGAUGCCUUGGAUCCAGCCUAUGCCCCAGGGACAGGGACUCCUGAAAUUGCUGGACUCACACCAAGUCAAGCCUUGGAGAUCAUCCGGGGAUGUCAAGGCCUGAAUGUGGUGGGUUGUGACCUCGUGGAAGUCGCCCCAGCGUACGACCCUUCUGGAAACACAGCUCUCCUGGCAGCCAAUCUGCUCUUCGAGAUGCUCUGCAUUCUCCCCAAAGUGAAGACUGCCUGAACUUUCUGGGCUUCGGGGCUCCUCCAAGGGAAAUCCCAUUACGAGGGUGGACAGGAAGACUUUACAGGCAAGCAGCCUAACCAGAGCAUCCCCAGGAUAAACAGCACGCCAAACAAAGCUUUUGCCAAGCCGAACAAUGAUUUUUUUGUUAAAUGUGUCUUAGGUGUGUAACUUCUAUAAAUGGAAAAAUAAAAUUAUUAUCAAUA